CUCUUACUAAUCGCAUAUAAAAUGCCCAGCAGUGAACAGUCUCAAAGCCAUCACUUCUUCUGAGAUACCAAUUUUUACCAGUUAUGUUGACAAAUUUUCCUGCAGUGCUAUCAAGUAUGGAGUACGCUAAAACUCUGGUUCCAACACCUAUAAAGAGGUCAGUGUCCACAGUGCACUCAGCGAUAGCUCAGCGCAUGCUGCCCCCUGCAGAGCCCCGGCCCUACAGAGUCUGCACCCAGAGCCGCCUCAGGACCAACGUCUUAGUGGCCACUUCUCUAAACAACCUGCUGGAAAAGGCUGCCCAUUCAUUUUUGCUGCCCUGUCGGUUCCUGACGCUGGUGCUGGAGGAGGACGGUACAGUGGUGGACUCGGAGACCUUCUUUCAUUCCCUCCCCUCCAACACUCUCUUCAUGGUGCUGGAUAAAGGCGAGCAGUGGACCCACAACCCUCCGGCCUUGACAAGCUUCAGGAGGCCAAAGAAAAAUGAAAUCGCUAAGAUAAGCUUUGACUUGUACAAGCUGAAUCCAAAGGAUUUUCUGGGAUGUCUCACUGUUAAAGCCACACUCUAUGAGAUUUAUUCACUCUCAUAUGACAUCAAUUGCUCUGGAUUCAAGUACCUUCUGAAUUUUUUUUCUUUGACUUUUCCUGUGUGGUGUCACAAAUCAUAUUUACAUGUAGGCUCAGAGGAAUUUCUCCUUGCCAUAUGUUCCCUCUCUGGUGAGAGAGCCAGCAAACAUGACACAGUGCUUCUCCUCAUUCUCUCAGCUAAGCUAAUAAUCCCUGUAGUCUCUGGAUAGGAGUGGAACAGCUGAAGCAACACCUCAGGAAAGCCACCAGAGCAGUUUUCCAACCUUCUUCUGUACACUAAUGAAUACAACAUUGACCCAUAAUCAACUGAAUUUCAAAUGAACGAAAAUGGGUUAUGAAUAGAAUUCACAGGGAACCUCAAUCCAGGCCAUAUCCAUAUCCAUAUCCAGGCCAAUACAAGACGUGUAUUAUAAUAAACAGAUGAAAUUUAGGGAUGAGCUGAACUGUAUUCCUGCCAUAAAACGGAUACAUUGCUCAGGUACAUUUACAGUUAUGACCUUUGGCAGACAGACUUAUCAAGAGGAACUUAAAGAGUAAUUACAUUACAAAGGUAGGUGGAUGUAGCAUUAGGAGUCUUGCCCAAGGACUCUUAUUUAUACAGCAGGAAACUGAACCUGAGUUUGCCACAUGGAUGACAGCACUGUUACCCACUACACUACACUAUAUCAUCCAGUCUCAGUUGACCAUUCACCCUUAGCACUAAACAAAGCAAUACUGCAGACUAAUAAUAAAAUCCAUUUAUAGUAGUUUGUUAUGGUAUUAAUUAAUAAUAAAGUAAAGUAAUGUUUUGCAUGUUGAGGAUGCCUAGUUAUUGUCUCUCUCUCUCUCUCUCUGUCUCUCAGGUCUUCAUUGCGAUGUGCGAUGCAAGUGACCAGAGUUACUGGUCAGGCUCUCCUUUAUGGCUCCACAUGUGUGUUACACUACAUAGGUGAUGAACAUCACUAAAGCAAGUGCCAUCUGUGAAUAUUUCAUAUCACGUCCCACUUACACAAAGGACAUUAUCAUGCUUUUGCUACACAGCACUAUUUUGUUAAAAUGACCCUGAAUUUCUGUUCAUUUUUUGACAUUUGUUAAUAUUUAACUGUUAACUUGUAUUUGCUAAUUUGUCUCAUAAAUAUGUCAGAGGUCUGGUCAUCAUUUAGUGUAGGGAUGGGCAACAUGGUGAAAAUAUAACACUACAAAACUAUGGGAUAUUUUCCUGAUACACAAUUUACAUCACAGUAUUUCACUUUUCUGAGGUUUGAUUAGUUUGAACAGCAGCCACAUUAAAAAAAAAAACACUGUCAACAAAUAUCAAUUUUAUUCAACAUUUUAUGUUUGACAUUAAAUCCAAAGGAUGUAAGGAAACAUGUCGUUGGUCAUUGGAUGAUAUCCAGACAUUGCUCAGAAAAAGCAUAUUGUGAUGAAUAUUAUGGAUAUCGUCAAAUUGCCUAUCCUCGUUUUAAUGGCUUGUAUGGUAUCAAUCAGUUUUGUCUAUGUUGUAUAUAUAUUUCACUUAUAGCCAUUCCUGAAAUACGACCAUGCUGCAUUUUUAAUAUGAAUGUGAUGCAAAUGGUGAUGGAAGCAUGCUUUACAUUAUGCUUAUAUGUAUAUAUUUGUUAACUGAACACAUAAGUGUGUAUAACUGUAACUGACCUUAAAUAUGCAUACGAAUCCUGGUUGUAUCUUCAUAUUCUUGCUAAUUGCAUGCAUAUAAAGAGCGCACUUUCUGAUCUGACUGUGUGGUACAGUGUGAAGGUAACUAACUAGCUGUAGCUUUACACAGUAACGCAGUGACAGCAGGUCUAAACAGAUGCCCCAGAGUCUGUCACAGAGUGAACAUCACCCAUCCUUAAGCCCUUGCUUUUGAAAGAGCAGAUAGCACCACUGUGUCUGUGACCUACAUAGUCCUGAUUAGGUUACUGCUGUAAUGAGAUCGGAGCAUUUAUUAAGCCUAUAUGUGGCGGAGUUUCCCAAUCUACUCCUUAACCCGUUCAGAAGUACAGGCAAAUCUGAUUAAUACAGUGACAAUUAAGCAGUUGAUUAAAGCUGCUCUGAGCUGGCUUUUCAAUACUGUGUGUGGUGGGGUAGAAGUGUGUGAGGCACUUACCUUUGUACCCAUAAUGUAGCACUGGGUGGCACAUGUAAUAUAAUAUCACAGUAUUUUCCAAACAUAUUAGUGUCAGAUGAUAUUUAAGUUAGCAAUAAUGAAGAUAAAGCACACAUUUCUGCAGCAUUGCUACUCUAUGCUAAAAAUGUCUUAGAAACCAGGUCUAGUUUGCUUUGAUUGAACUGUUUUGUUCAGUUUUCUUCUCUUAGAAUGCCACCAAAGGGAAUUCAUCUUAAAUGUUUUUAAUCGUUAUGUAUUUUAUAUUGUCCUUUCAAAGCGAUCUGCGGCAGCAGCCAGCAAAUACUACAUUGCAGUUAUGUAAAGAUUUUUCUCUGCUAAAAUUAAAAACAAACAUUUCCAUGUAAUUAAAGGGCUAAGAUGUGAAAAGUCAUUUCAAGUGGUUUGAUGUGAAAUGCUCCAUUACGGAGAAACUUAUAGGAACCAGACAUCUGAAUAGUUGAGUGCCUCUAAAAGCUCCCUGAUAGAAAGAUUGUGCCUGAUGCCUGAGACAUUGGUUUGAGAGAAGCUGAUGCCCUCAAACACAUUUUUAAAAUCCAUUCAUGGCUGGACAGGUACAUCCAAGGAGUCAAAAUAGUACCCAAAAAAGUUUUCAGAUGAUUUGUAUUCAUCCCUAUGUCACCAUUAUCAACAUUGCUUUUAUUGCUGUCCAAAAAAAAAACUAAAUAAAUAUCUCCACAAUUGUAACUUUGCAGUAAAGGGCAAAAAUUGGAAUAAUUUUUAAUAUAAGUUAAGGUAACGAGAUUUGUUGCAAAAUAAUUUUGGAGUUUCUGUUCGUGAAAUUUCAACACACAAUAUAAAGGACAGUAGAUGUGCUAAAAUGAUGCAGAAAAAUUAAAAAUAUUUUUAAAAAA